CUCAAAAAGUCGUAUAUUACUUUUUUUUUUAAUUCCAUUGCCAUUCUUUUUGUUCAUUCUUCUUUUUCAUCCUUUUAUUAAAAAAAAAACAUUCGAAUAAAAUGAAACGACUACCGUGGAUUAUAGCACUUUGUUUUACUACGAUGACUGUAGCAGCACCAAAUCGUAAAUUGAACGCCACUACACCUACUCUUUCAAAUGCACAAAAAGCCGAACGAAUCAAAGAUGCCUUCUUAUUUGCAUAUCAUGGUUAUGAAAAGACAGCUUUUGGUCAUGAUGAAUCAAGACCUGUUAGUGGUGGUAGUUCAGAUUCUCGAAAUGGUUGGGGUGCCUCUAUAUUUGAUGCCUUGGAUACACUUCACAUUAUGGGAUUAGCAGAAGAAUAUUACCGUGCAUUGGACCAUGUUACCAGUGUCAAAUGGACACAUUCCGAAGAUCUAUCAAAAACGUUUGAGACCAAUAUUCGAUACUUGGGUGGUUUGUUAUCAGCCUAUGACUUGAAUCCUGAUAAGCGAUUACUGAACCAAGCCAUCAAACUAACAGAAGAAGUCAUCCUCCCUACCUUUGAUACUGAUAAUGGUAUGCCUGCACAAUAUGUCAAUGUCAACACUGGUCAACCUGCACCAGGUAAUCAAAUCAUUUUAGCAGAAUUUGGAUCUUUACAACUGGAACUUGUACGACUCUCACAACUCACUGGCAAUCAAAGCUAUGGAGAUUAUGGUCUUAGUAUUAUUGAAAAAUUAUCUGAAGUUGAACCUACACUUCCUGGUCUUUACCCUAUGCUUUGGGAUCUGGAUCCAUUCGAACCUGCAAGUCAAUAUAUUACCAUUAGUGGUGGAGCUGAUAGUUACUAUGAAUACCUUUUGAAGACACAUAUCUUGAUGGAUGGCAAAGAACGGUUACAGCUAGAUAUGUGGGAAGCUGCUGUUGAAAGUAUGCAAAGCGGUCUUCGAUCAAGAACUGCUAAUGGUCAGGUAUUCCUAGGUGAAAUUCAUGAAGAUCUGAAAUUACUACAAACAGGUGAAUUGAUCUGCUUCUUACCUGGGAACAUCUUGAUGGGUGCACGAUAUUUGAAUAAACCCGAAUAUGAAGCAUUUGCUACUGAAUUGAUGGAAGGAUGUUAUCAUGCCUGGGAAACCAUCCCAUCUGGAUUGGCUCCUGAAAGUUGGAGUUGGGUGGAUGAAAGUCAAGAUUUGUCUCAUUUUCCUCAAAAUAUGCAAUUGUCUAUGAAGGCACAUGGUUUAGUACCUCAAGACCUAACAUACGAUCUACGUCCAGAAACUUUGGAAAGUCUGUUCUACUUUUACAGAAUCACAGGUGAUCCUUCUUAUCAGGACAAGGCAUGGAAUAUCUUCCAAUCCAUUGAAAAAUACUGCAAAGUCAAAUAUGGGUAUAGUCGUGUCAAUGAUGUCAUGGUUUCUGAUCCUGCUACAGUGAAGUAUGCUGAUUUCCAAGAAAGUUAUAUCUUUGCCGAAACUUUCAAGUAUUUAUAUUUAACUUUCUCGGAUCCCCGGUUAAUCUCUUUGGAUGAUUAUGUAUUCAAUACAGAAGCCCAUCCUUUCAAAUUAUCUAGUCCUAUCAGGAUUCAAAAAGCCUUUUAGAUGAUUCCAUAGUUAGUCAGUUAUUCCAUUCACU